AUGUUCCUUCUCUCCUCCUCCCCGAUUCCCGCUCUCGCUUACGUGGCGGCGCCUCCGCGCACGCUUUCCCAAGAUGAGAUCGCGACCGUCCGAUUGUUCAAGGAGACGACGCCAUCCGUCGUGAACAUUACGAACCUCGGCGUGGGUCGCGACGCGCUGACGCUCGACGUGCUGGCGGUGCCGCAAGGGUCGGGGAGCGGGUUCAUAUGGGACGAGAUGGGACAUAUCGUGACCAACUACCACGUAAUCGCUAAUGCCGCUGACCUCAGAGUGACCCUCUCAGACUCCUCGGUGCAUGCAGCGGUGGUGGUGGGCUGUGAUGAGGACAAGGACGUGGCAGUUCUGCGAAUCGACGCCCCUCAGGAGUCGCUCCACCCGGUUACCAUCGGAUCGUCGUCAGAUUUGAUGGUCGGGCAACGGGUUUUCGCCAUUGGUAACCCCUUUGGGCUCGACCACACUCUCACAUCAGGCGUCAUCAGCGGUUUGAGGAGAGAGAUCCAAUCAGCAGCAACAGGGCGGCCAAUACAGGGGGUGAUACAAACGGAUGCUGCUAUAAAUCCGGGCAACAGCGGUGGGCCUCUUUUGGACUCUAGUGGCAGUCUAAUCGGCAUCAAUACGGCUAUAUAUUCACCUUCGGGUGCUUCUUCUGGUGUCGGAUUUGCCAUUCCUGCCGACAGUAUCAGCGGCAUCGUGGAGCAGAUAAUAGAGAAUGGGAGGGUGGUGCGGCCGGUGCUGGGGAUCUCCUUUGCGCCCGAGGAGGCGGUGGAGAAGCUGGGCGUUGACGGGGUGCUCGUGCUCGAUGCCCCGCCCUCGGGGCCUGCAGGCAAAGCCGGUCUCCGGCCCACAUCGAGAGACAACUACGGUCGGCUGGUAUUGGGAGACAUCAUUACCGCUAUUGACAACCAUAAAGUGCGGAGCGGAACGGACCUCUAUCGGGCACUUGAUGAUUGCCAAGUGGGAGACACAAAAAUCGCCAUCUUCGUCAUCACGUUGGCAUGCCUCGCCGCAGUCGGAUUCGCGCGUCCGCCGGCGAGCGUUCGCGCCGGGCUUCAGAAGAUCGAGAAGAAUGACGUGUUCAUGGGAGUGUAUCAGGGAUCGCUCUAUGCUGAGCUGGACCACGUGGACGGCGCCGACAAGAUGUCGGACGGCUAUGCGUACAUGGCGAUCUACAAGAAGGGCGACGAUUACAACAUCCGAUACGGCGCGGAGGCCGAAUCCAAGGAGCCCGGGGAGCCCACCGCGUUCACAAUCAACAGCGCGGCCGACAACAGCCUUGUUAUCGACCUGGGCGCCGGCCAGACAUACAAGAACACCACGUACGAGCUCCGCGUGUUCAAGUUCCUGCAGAAGUUCGUCCCGUACUCGUACAGGUUCAAGGGCAAGUGGACCCCGGCCAGCAGUGUUACCGUCGCCGCUGGCCCGCUUAAGGACACCGUUGACGCCAUGAUUCAGAACCCUAAGAACUACUACGCGAUUUUCAACACGGCGACGAACCCUGCUGGUUGCGCCAAGGGCGCGUUUGAUUUCAUCCAGCCGUGGUGGAAGCGCCUAUCAGCCCGAGAAGGGCAACAGUCUACCCCUCUCGUCAAGAUGGCGUCGGUGCUGCUGCCUACGUCCGUGAAGCCUAAAAAGUAUGUGCUGCAUCUGGAGCCGAAUCUGGAGACCUUCAAGUUCAAGGGCAUCGUGACCGUAGAUUUGGACGUGGUUGAGCCGACGAAUGAGAUUCGGUUCCAUGCGCAGGAGUUGGAGCUGCAUAAGGUGGAGCUGACAACAGGGGGCAAGCUUCUUACAGCAGGAGUGGAUGGAGUGCCGGCGGUGGAGCUGGACAAGGAGAGGCAGGAAGGGAAGUUGGUGCUGGGGGAAGGGCAGACGAUGAGCACGGGGCCUGCGAAGCUCAGAAUCGAAUACACUGGCAUUCACAACGACAACAUGGUCGGCUUCUACCGUGCAUCCUACACCCAAGACAGCCAGAAGAAGUGGAUGGUAACCACGCAGUUCGAACCAGUAGGAGCGCGCCAAGCCUUGCCCUGCUGGGACGAGCCCGCUGCCAAAGCCACGUUCGAGGUGUCACUGCGCGUGCCGACCGGGUUGCAAGGCUUGUCCAACAUGGACGAGGUUGGGCGGGAGAAGCAGGCGGACGGGUCCGAGGUGGUUCGGUUCGCAGAGAGCCCGGUUAUGAGCACAUACCUGCUGGCGUUCGUGGUGGGGGAGGUGGAGUGUGUUUCUGACAAGACAAGCAAUGGCACUUUGGUGAACAUCUACACGACGCCAGGGAGGAAGGAGCAAGGAAGGUUCGCCCUGUCAGUGGCGUGCAAGGUGAUCACGUUCUUUGAGGACUACUUCGGAAUCAAGUACCCCCUGCCCAAGGCCGACCUCAUUGCCAUCCCGGACUUCGCCAUGGGAGCCAUGGAGAACUGGGGCCUCAUCACGUUCAGGGAGACGGCACUGCUGCUGGAUGAGAACAGCGCACCUGCUGCCACCAAGCAGCGUGUGGCUUACGUCAUCUCGCACGAGUUGGCCCACCAGUGGUUUGGUAACCUGGUAACCAUGCAGUGGUGGAACGACCUGUGGCUGAACGAGGGCUUCGCCACGUGGGUGGGCUGGCUGGGCGUGGACUACAUCUUUCCCGAGUGGGACGUGUGGACGCAGUUCGCCUGCAAUGACAUGGACACGUGCCUGCACACUGACGCCCUGCUGGGCUCUCACCCUGUUGAAGUGCCCAUCAACGACCCCAAGGAGAUCGAGCAGGUGUUUGACGCCCUGAGCUACUCCAAGGGCGCAUGUGUCAUUCGGCAGCUGGAGUCCGCCAUUGGUGCCGACGCCUUCAAGAAGGUCCGUGCGUGUGUGCUUACCUUCCUCACUGGGGAAUUUGCACAGGGAGGGUCGAGCAAUAGGGAGAUUUGCACAGGGGGGUUUGCCCGGGGAGGUCCGCGGGAGGGGGGGGGGGGAUAG